GCCAGUAAGUUGCAGGCUUUAUAAACCACAGAAUGCUGUGAAAUGUUUGAGUACAUCUCAGCUAGCUGUAGGGAUCUGGCUUGGUCUUGGCAUCUGCCAGCCCUAACUCAGCUGAUUUAUUUAGGCAAAAACCUGUGGCCCAGCUACCAGGAACCCCCUCUGAGCGCUCCGUGCAGUUCCCAGCAUUGCUUUUGCCUCCAUGAGGCUGAAGAUGGAAGGCCCUCACCAGGGCCUCUGUGCUAGGGACAGCUGUGGGAGCAAGGUGGUCGUAGAAAAGUACCUGCUGGAGUCCGGAGAGUCUGCCUCUCACGUGCAGCUGGCAUGCCGCGGUCGGCACUGUGCUUUCCCACGUGACGGAAACCAGCUCUGCGUGUGGGAUGUCGAGGGCCCGACUCAUGAGCUUCUGACCUUACAUGGACACCGUCAGUCUAUCACGGCCCUAGCGUUUGGGAACACAGUGGACCCCCUCCUGCUCUGCUCCACGUCCCUGGAUUGUGUUGUGGUGUGGAACCUGGACACAUGCAGAAAGAAGAUGCUGCAAGGACGGACUCCUCAAGGGACUGUCUUGGGCACCUGUCUGGGAACGGUCCUGUGUGUAAGAUUUGGUCUGGAGGAUCACAUGGUGGCAAUGGGUGCUGGGAACACAAUAUUGGUGCAGGAUGCCAAGGAUCAGUGUGUCAUCGGAGAACUGCAGGGCCAUGCUGGCCCGGUGACUGCUCUGGAGUUCUGUCCUUGGCAAGCGGAUGUGAUCAUUUCGGUGUCUGAGGACAGAAGCUUUAAGGUCUGGGACCUGUCUCGUGGUUCAUUACUGUAUAGCUCAUGUGUGCUCACAGCGUGUCCUCUCCUGAGCUUGUUCCUGGAUGCAGACAGCGAGCAGCUUGUCACCGGCUCAGCUGAUGGCCAGCUGUGGGUCUUCAGUUUGGCAGAAAGACAUCAUUACCGCCACGUUGCCCGUGUCAACCUGAGGAAGAAGAGGGAGGUGUUCUACGCUCGAAGACUGUGGCCUGGGCUGCACUGCCUGUCCGAAGAUCUUCCCUCCACCAAGCACCUGGGGGGAGAAGAGGUUGAAGUGACGCUUCCCAUCCUGAGCCUUGCACACUGUGACCUCUCAGCCAUCUUGAGUUCUGACUGCAGUUGUGCCAGCCUCUCUGCCGAGCGCACCAGGUGCUUGUGGAUUGGGAGCUCUGCUGGCUUGUUCCUGCUUAACCUGGCGAACCUGGAGCUGGAAGCUCUCUUACAGUACAAGGAUUUCAGGAGUCUCAGCAUUCAGGUUGCUGGUUCAUGUUCUGUGACAAGUGGAGCCUCUGGUCUCAAGGCACUUUGCCUGCUCACCUCCUUGUUUGGAAACCAGAUUGCUGUGCUGGAGAUUGACCUGGCAGCCCUGGCGAGGGCACAGUGGAGCUUGGCCGAGGGGUGGGGUCUCUCCGUGUUGGCCAGCUCCUGUGUCCUGCCGACAUCUCCGCUCCAUCUUGGAACUAUUCAGGGAAAAAGUGCUAGUCAAAAGCAAACUGCUGUCAAGAGUGUCAUAAAGGACCGACCUCUGGUUUUUCACAGUAAAAUCCGGUCAUCGGGUUACACAUCAGCACCAUGUGUAAGCAUGUUUUCACCGAAGAUUAACAGCAGGAGAGAUGGUAGAAAAACUUCAAAAUUCAGUAACAGUUACAAAUGCAAGGGCUGCCCUUGGGAGAAUUCUGUACCAACUAAACCUGGCCAGCAGGUGGCUGUGGCAUACAAGCCAGCGGCUGUGUGCUGCAUUCAGUACUCAGGAGAUGGACGUAGGUUGGCCUGUGGCUUGGCCAACCAUCUCUCCAUGGUCUUUGAUGCCAGCCUUACUGGAAAGCCUGUUGUUUUUUCAGGUCACAACGGAGCUGUGAGCACUGUCUGCUGGAGCCACAACAGGAGGUGGCUGCUCUCGGUGGCCCAGGAUGGGGCCCUGCGAGUGUGGUCCCUCUGCAGGAAGGAGCUCCUGUUACUUCUGGGUAGAGGUGUGUUCCCCAGGCCUGUUCACUCAGCACAGUUCUACUACAUGGACACAUUCUUGCUGCUGUCUUCCGGCCCCGAUGUGCACCUACUGAAGUACCACCUGGACCCUUGCAGGGACGACCUCAACAGAUAUAGCCCGAAGAGCUGGUUCCAGCCGGUGCACAGGCUCUCGGUGGCCAGCGGUGCCCACGUGACCAGCCUGUCUGCAGUGAAUGACUUCUACUCUCACAUUGUGCUCACAGCUGCCCGGGACAGAAGCCUGGAAGUCUUCGACCUCAAUGUGGGCCGCAGUGCUGCGGUGAUCGCCGAGGCCCAUUCACGCCCUGUCCAUCAGAUCUGUCAAAACAAGGGGUCGUUGUUCACUGCCCAGCAAUCCCAGGCUUACGACCUUUUCCUAACCACAGCCAUUGGUGAUGGACUCAGACUGUGGGACCUGAGAACCCUGAGGUGUGUGCGCCGAUUUGAAGGACACCCAAAUCGCUGCUACCCCUGCGGCAUUGCGUUCAGCCCUUGCGGGCGAUUCAUGGCCUGCGGUGCUGAGGACCGCCAUGCAUACGUGUACGACAUGGGCUCGAGCACUUUUUCUCAUCGCCUGCCAGGGCACACGGACACAGUCACAGGAGUGGCCUUCAGCCCGUCAGCUGCCCAGCUUGCCACAGCCACUUUGGAUGGAAAACUCCAGCUGUUCUGUGCUGAGUGACCGUUGACCAGUGAGCUGGACCAGGAGCACAAGAAGAACAGAGUGACAGUUUGCCUGCCACCAGCCAGUUGGAGGUGGCUUCUGCUGAAACGAGGUGCUGUGAUAGGCUCAUGGCUGUAAAGCUCUUGCCCUGACAUGGAGGUGGCUCCUCAUGCACCCCUGGAAUUCGGUAAAGUUAAAGCAGAAUGUUCCUAAUGAAAGU